ACGAGAACAGUGAACAACAGAGGGUGCUCUGUAGGCGCUGUUGUCGUUCGAAACAGAACGGAUAGGUGGGACCGAAGACAGAGGAAAAUAAGUGAUAGAAGCAGUGGGGAAGUAGCUAAUUCACGGCACUGGGACCACUGAAAAAUUAACUUGAAAUCGUUUUGGGAAGGCAGAACGGUUCCUUUCGUCUUUGUUACUGUCUGCGGAACAAUUGUCACUAGCAACAGACGGUUCUGUUGCAUCCUUUUCGCUGCAGGUGACCCCCACCCCUUCGCCAAAAUCCGGCUAUUAGAUGUGACCACGAGGUUGAUCAGGAGAAGCCACCAUGUCUUAAACGCAGACGGGCCCUCUGGAGCCCUGUCCCCCCAUCCUGGACCCCACUCCCCCAUCCACCACCUCACCCCUUCUCCCAGCCCCAUCCCACUCCCAGACCUCCCUGCACAUGUGAGGGACAGGCUCCCUAGCCCUGGCUCCCCACUGGCACACCCCUCCCCUCCCUCCUUAGAGAUGAGCCUGCAGAAGCACCAGCACCAGUUGGGCGGCUCUGACCGGGACCUGCAGUCCACUGCUUCCUCCAUCUCUCUGCCCUCUGUGAAGAAGGCCCCCAAGAAGAGGCGCCUCUCCCUGGCCUCUCUUUUCAGACGGCGGGUUCGCGAGCCCAAAUCCGGGCGCCAAAGGUCCCGAGAGCUCCAACAACCCGGACCUGUAGGGCUCGGAGGGGUGGAUGGCAUCGCCAGUAUCGAGAACAUCCACUCUGAGAUGUGUAAUGACAAGAACUCUGCCUUCUUCUCUGUGGCUGGGGCCUCUGCUGCCUCCGCUGCUGCUGCUGCUGCUGCCUCCACCUCUUCUGCCUCAGGGCCUUCUUCCUCUACCUCCUCCUCCUCCUCCAAGGUGGGGGGCGGGACGGGGGCGGAGCUACUGGAGUGCCCGCUGUGCCUUCUGCGCCACUCCAGGGAGAGCUUCCCCGACAUCAUGACCUGUCACCACCGCUCCUGUAUGGAUUGCCUGCGCCAGUACCUGCGCAUCGAGAUCUCCGAGUCGCGUGUCAACAUCAGCUGCCCCGAGUGCUCGGAGCGCUUCAACCCUCACGACAUCCGCAUGAUCCUGGGUGACCGGGCCCUCAUGGAGAAGUACGAGGAGUUCAUGCUGAGGAGGUGGCUUGUGGCUGACCCUGACUGCCGCUGGUGUCCUGCACCGGACUGUGGGUAUGCAGUGAUUGCUUUCGGGUGUGCCAGCUGUCCUAAGAUCACAUGUGGCAGGGAGGGCUGUGGUACAGAGUUCUGUUACCACUGUAAGCAGCUGUGGCAUCCCAACCAGACCUGUGAUGCAGCGCGACAGCAGCGAGCCCAGAGCCUCCGCCUGAGGACCGUUCGCUCGUCCUCCCUCAGCUACAGCCAGGAGAGCGGAGCUGCAGCUGAUGACAUUAAGCCAUGUCCGCGCUGUGCUGCCUACAUCAUCAAGAUGAACGACGGCAGCUGUAACCACAUGACCUGCGCCGUCUGCGGCUGUGAGUUCUGCUGGCUCUGCAUGAAGGAGAUCUCAGACCUGCACUACCUGAGUCCGUCAGGCUGUACUUUCUGGGGGAAGAAGCCAUGGAGCAGAAAGAAGAAGAUUCUUUGGCAACUGGGAACACUUGUGGGUGCCCCCGUCGGCAUUGCACUCAUCGCCGGCAUAGCUAUCCCCGCCAUGAUUAUUGGCAUCCCUGUAUAUGUGGGAAGGAAGAUCCAUAACCGCUAUGAAGGCAAAGAUAUCUCCAACCACAAGAGGAACCUGGUGAUCGCUGGUGGAGUCACUCUCUCGGUUAUUGUGUCUCCAGUGGUGGCUGCUGUCACCGUCGGCAUUGGCGUUCCCAUCAUGCUGGCUUACGUCUACGGCGUGGUGCCCAUCUCGCUGUGCCGUAGCGGAGGUUGUGGCGUCUCAGCUGUGAACGGCAAAGGAGUUCGCAUAGAAUUUGACGACGAGAAUGACAUGAAUGUUGGCAGUGGGGCUGCUGCCACUGACACUACAUCAGUGGCAGACACCAGGAACAACCCCAGUAUAGGCGAAGGCAGUGUUGGGGGGCUGACAGGCAGCCUGAGUGCCAGCGGCAGCCACAUGGACCGUCUGGGGGCCAUCAGGGACAACCUGAGUGAGACGGCGUCCACCACGGCCCUGGCCGGGGCCAGCAUCACCGGCAGCCUCUCUGGCAGCGCCAUGGUCAAUUACAUCAACAGGCUAGAGGUGCAGGCUGACGUGCAGAAGGAGCGCUGCAGUCUGAGCGGUGAGUCUGGCACCGUCAGCCUGGGCACAAUCAGCGACAACGCUAGCACCAAAGCAAUGGCUGGAUCCAUUCUCAACGCCUACACGCCGCUGGACAGAGAUGGGACCAGUAUGGAGGUCCAGGUUGACAUUGAAUCCAAACCGGGCAAACUGCGGCACCACAGCGGCAGCAGCAGCGUCGACGACGGCAGCCACGUUGGCCGCUGCGGCUGGACCUGCCCCCCCAACGGCUGCACGUCCUCGGAGGGCAAAGGAGCGUCGGCCAAGUGGGCCAAAGAGGCGUGCUGCUCCUCCUCCUCCGGCUCGGGGGGGGGCAAGAAGAGCAAAGGCAAGCUGCGCAAGAAAGGCGGCGGAGGCACCAAGAUCAACGAGACGCGGGAGGACAUGGACGCCCAGCUGCUGGAGCAGCGCAGCACCAACUCCUCGGAGCUGGACUCGCCGUCGCUGAGCGGCAGCCUGCCGUCGGUGGCCGACUCCCACUGCAGCCACCUCUCCGAGUUCAGCUGCUCGGAUCUGGAGAGCACCAAGACGUCGUGCAGCCACGGCUCCGGCGGCGCCGGCGACUACCACACCCGCUUCGCCACGGUCAGCCCCUUACCCGAGGUGGAGAACGACCGCCUGGAGACCUGCCCCGCCGCUUCGUCCUCGUCACAGGGACCCUCGCCGACCUCGUCCCUGGGCCGCGGCGCCGAGCUCGGCCCGCUCGGCUUCAUCACCGAGGAGAACGUCGGCCUGGCGUGCCCUGCCGAGCUGGACUCUCACGGCGACAGCAGAGAGCUGCUCAAAGAAACCAACAACAACCACCCCCCCCCCCCCCCACAACCACCAACCCAAACCCAGCAGCAGCCCAGCAGCUCCUGUAUACACACGGAAAUAUGAAAUCUCUAUACCUUAAGUGCUGCACAGAUGCUGUUUUUAGUUAACAUCUUUUCCUCCACUAAACUACCAGUCACAGCUUACCUGCACAUUUUUUUUUUUUUUAUUCACUCGUAAAAGGGACAUGUUAUUUUGGGA